AUGGCUCUAGCUGCCCUAUUCAGCCGUCGGCUCCCCGCCUUCACGUUGCCGCCACAGUAUCUACUCUUCGUCCAUCAAUUCCGGUCAGACGCCGCUCUGGAAGCUAUACGCAGGGCGUCCGAAAAUAAAACUCCGAACCUUGUCUUAUACAAUUAUCCCUCGUUCUCCGGCGCCUACGGUGCGCUGUUUGCGCACCUCUACCACACUCGACUAAACCUACCAUGCUUGAUUCUACCGUUCUCAGCAGUUGCACCUUUCAGGGUUGACGACUUAUGCAUUGAAGGAAUGAAGACAUGCUACUUUCUUGAUCUUAUAGGCCCAGAAGGCUUUGCAUUGGAACUGUCCGUGCGAACAUCAUCGAAGGUUAUUGUCUUCGAUCAUCGGAAAUCCGUGCUUCCUCGAAUUUCUGGAAGGGAAGAUUCUGAUACAAACAUCACAUUAUAUGUGAAUAUUGAGAGGAGUAGCUCGACUGCUGCAUUUGAAUACUUCUCUGCUAAACUUUUAGAGGAAAGAGAAGAUAGUGACGAGAGAAUGAGACUACUAAGCCUUGAAGACUGUGAGCGGGUAGAUAAAAUGCUCCAGUAUAUUGAAGAUGGAGAUCUUCGCCGGUGGAGUUUACCUGAUAUUAAAGAAUUUAAUGUUGGGCUAAGAGAGUGGCACUCAAAAUUUAAUUGCAUCACUAACUCGUGCAUGUAUCAACAGUUGAUGGGGAUCUGCGCUGCAGACUUGAUCGCGAGGGGAAGGACCCAUCUUGAUCGGCGGCUUACUGAUGCAAGGAAGUUGAUGAUUAAGAUUUUCAGAGUUCAUUUAGGACGAGGAUUUUAUGGGGAGUGUCUGGGAGUUCGAGCUGAUGGGGGCUCAGAUUUCAGUGAUGAAAUUGGAAAGGAACUCAGCCGAAUGAGUGCAGAAGCAGGGCUAAGGCCAAUUGGAGCUGUUGUAUACAUGCAGCAUAACAAUCUGAAAAUGUGCCUGAGGACCAUAGACAGUGGCACUGAUACAUCUGAAAUAGCAAAGGCAUAUGGUGGUGGAGGGUCUCCAAGCUCCAGCUCCUUUAUUAUUCGCAUGGAUGAGUACAAUCAGUGGCUUUCAGUUCAGUCUUCACCGAAACGGUAA